CGGCGUAUGACGUCAUAUGUGUGCGACAGUGCUUGGUUAGCUUGCUAGCUAGCAGGUUGUACCCAGUGUUAGCUGCAGUAUGGCGUUAUUUCCUGCAUUUAAUGGAGUGACAGAUGCUGAUAUUUCUAAAAACUCAGGUCUAGAAUGGCUCCAAAAUUGUAGUUUCAGCAGCGUGGAUGCUUUGUCUCUACACCAACACACCACCCACAGGGACACAGCGGAGAGACACACUCCACACCACACACACACCAGUGAGGAGACAUCUGAUGAAGACAACGAUGAUGGUUAUGUUGAUGUCAAGAAGAAAAGGAGAAAGAAAGAGAAAAAGAAAAGGAGAAAGAAGCAGAAGAAGCGCAGCAGAGACGAUUCAGUGAACAGCAACUCAGACACAAUUUACCCCAGUGACCUUCUGAACCGAGAACUGGAACCAUCACAGAGACAGGAGGACUUGGCUAAUGUGGGUGGAGUUUUGUGGCUUGAUGAUCUUCAGUGUCCCAAUGAGAAGCUGUUCUACUUGGACAGGAAGUCUGACCCUGUGAACUGGGAGUACAAAUCACUGUACAGAGCUCACAUUGCCAGGUAUAAGCGGAAGGGCAGGUCUGCUCUUGGAUUGGACAGCAGGAUUCAGGGCGUGUCCUGGGAAGACUCCGGCCCAGAAAGGAAACGGAAAGAAAAGAGAGAGGAACGUUAUUUCUCUCCCACCAACCGCCGUCUUCUCAGCUCUGAAACUCCACCCACUCUCUCAGUCCCUCCCACUGAUUCUGACCUAUCUAUUGAUCCUGCUUCAUUUAUCCCCCUCCCCCCCUGUAAGGAAGAGUCUGACUCCGCCCCUCAGACCAGCACCAGCACUGAUCCACUUCGAGUGUAUGACCUUGCAACCUCACUGUGGCUGGAGGGAAAAGGUCAACCAGAUGUCAAAGUUCAGGUGCAGCCGCCUCCAUCAGACAUGUUAAUGACACGAGUGGAGGACUUUAACAAGCAACUGAGGGAAAACCCCAGUGAUGUAAAAAUGUGGCUGGAGUUCAUACAGUUUCAGGACGAGUUGGGCAGCUCCCUCUCGGGGCAGGGGGCGGAGUCUGAGCGUGCACUGUUGGACAGGAAGUUGAGUGUGGUGGAGCGUGCUCUUCAGCUGAACCCCGGCUGUGUGGAGUUGAAGCUGCACAGACUCACCCUGGGCAGGGGAUUGUGGGAUGGCCCAACACAGCUGAAGGAGUGGAAGAAGGUGGUGUUCAUCCACCCGAACAGUGCCUCCCUGUGGAAAAGCUACAUCCAGUUCACCCAGAGCCAGUUCAGCUCCUUUUCUGUCCCCAUGGUGACCAGUGUAUACAGGAAGUGUCUGAGCACCCUCAGUGCGGUACAGGAUGGACAGCUGUUGUCUCACCCACCGCUGCCAGGGACAGAACACCACCUGCUGGACGUGUUUGUGAGACAGUGCCACUUCCUACGUCAGGCGGGUCACUCUGAGAAAGCUGUGUGUCUUUUCCAGGCUCUGAUUGAGUUCACCUUCUUCAAACCUGACAGUGUUAGACACCUAAACACUAAACAACAGGUGGAGUUCUUUGAGACAUUCUAUGACAGCGGAGAGCCAAGGUUGGGGGAGAGUGGUGCCAGAGGGUGGGGAACCUGGAUGAAGCAGCAGGAGAGAGGAGGAUGGAUACAAACACCUGAUACAGAGGAGGAGGAUGAAAUAGAUGAUGAAGAUGAGAUUAAAGAUAAAUCCCAGCCGAGGUGGAGAAUCUGGCUCAAUGUUGAGUCAUGGCGGGAAGCCAACCAUUGGUUACCAUGGAGACCAGACAGAACUAAGGGCCAACCAGAGGAGGAAUGUGAGGAUCCAGAUAGACAGGUGGUGUUUGAUGAUAUCGGACCAUCUCUGAUCCGAGUUGAGUUGCCAGAACUGCGUCUGCGUCUCCUGCUCUCUUUCCUUCACUUUCUGGGCGUGCCCAUUGGCUCUGCUUCUUCUUUGUCCAGCCUUAUUGUGGAUGACUCCACCCUCCUGGAUGACUCCGCCCUGUUGGACGAGACUCUUGACCUUGAGAGACCUUUGACCUCCCAUGACCUCCCAGUGACUGGAGUCAGUGCUGUGGGUCACAUGACCUCUCGAUGUGACUCUAGGAGGAAGACAGUGGGGUUAUAUAAACUGGGGGAGGAUUUUGUCAGGAAUGUUCUGGAAAAGACCCUCCCACUGUUUCCAGCUCAGGACAGAAGAGCACUCACUCUCUGCUGGAUGCAAUACGAAAAACUCAAGGUGCUGCGGUGUGUGCAUAGUGGCAGUAAGAAGAGUAUUAGGGUGCAGGGGAAGUGCACUAAGCGUUUAUUGAAGCAUUUACUGAAGCAGCAGGAGAAUCGUUGCUCUUUGUUGCUGUGGCGUGAGUACGGCCAUGUUGAAUGGUUGUUAGGAAACAUAGAUGAAGCACGCAGGGUUUUUGACUCCGCCCUCUCGUUGGGUGGAGCAUCUGGCUUACGUGACUCCGCCCUCUGCCACCUCUGCCUGCUGUAUGCACAAUUAGAAAUGGAACAGAUGUGUCUGCGUGGGGCUCAGAGUGUAAAGACCACACCUGUUUCUGUCACCUCCUCUCGGGCAGUGUACAUACUGACUACAUUAUCAGAGGAUGCCACCUAUAGGCCUUUUACAGGAGAGAUCAGCCCCAUGGCCAUACUAAAGGCACGCAAAGCGUACGAACAUUCCAUCUCAGAGGGAAGGUCAUAUGAGAAUGCCUAUGGACUGAUUGGCUGUUUUGGUCUGUUCCAGUAUUUAACGGUGGGGGUCGAUGCGGCCGACUCAGUGUUCACUGAGGCCAGAAAGUAUAUUAAGUGCACUAAGCAGCUUGAGGCCGUGUGUGUUUUGCAUGUGACACUGUUACAUCAUCACUCACGCAUCAGGGCGUUUCCUUUGAGGCGUGUGAGGUCCGUGCUGAAUGAUGCGCUCACCCUGCUGCCCCACAGCACAUCCCUUUGGAGGAUGCACCUACAGGUCGACACCUGCUACUACAAUGCUGCCAACACCCGACGGUUCCUACACACCAUAACUAAACGCAACCAGAGCAUCCUGCCUCGACUGUUCACCUUAACAACUGAACAGCAGAGGAAAAAACGGAUAGAUGCUGUGCUACGGUCAGGGCUCCCAGACAGUUCUCUUCCUAUGUUUCCAGAGAUCGGCCUUUGCAACCGUAUCCGCUCUCUGUUUGAGGUUGCCGUGGCCUCAGAGCCUGGUGCUCACUGCCCUCUGCUGUGGAGAUGCUACAUCAACUUUGUGGUGUGUGAUGGGGAUGUUGAGAGAGGAAGAGGAAUCUUCUACAGAGCCCUACAGCAUGUCCCCUGGGUGAAAGUUCUGUACAUGGAUGCUGUUAGC